GUGUGUUUUGCUCUAUCUGUGUAUACUAGUAAAUAUGACAAAGGGACGCCGAAGCCCGGCAUCAGAAAGUCCAGUAAGACACAGGUCAAAACACAAGGACAGGUCAAGGUCCAGGAGUCCGAGAGAUCGUAAACAGAGUCACCGAAGGGAUGGUGGUGAUCACAGGGAUAGCAGACGAGAACACAAACAUGACAGAAAUCAUGAACGCAGGCAUAGGAGUAGAUUUGAAGCAGAAGGUAAUGAGCGUCCCAUUAAACAGGAAAGAGAUGUAGAGAGGAGUCAAAGACAUGAAAGAGAAAGAAAUGAUGACAGACGGCGAGAGGCUAGACGAGAAAGAGACAGGAACCCCCCAAAUGAGCCUUCAGCAGAAGAAGAGCCUGUGCCAAAAGAGGGACCCAACUUUGAGGUCUCCGGAAAGUUAACUGAAGAGACCAAUACAUACAGAGGUGUAGUCAUUAAAUACAGUGAGCCACAAGAAGCACGUAAGCCCAGGAAAAAGUGGCGCUUGUAUCCAUUCAAAGGGGAAGAAGCCCUGCCUGUCAUGCACAUUCACCGCCAGAGUGCUUAUUUGAUCGGGCGAGACAGAAUUGUUGCUGAUAUAGCAGUUGAUCAUCCAUCGUGUUCAAAGCAGCAUGCAGUGCUGCAGUACCGUCUGGUGAGUUAUAAGCGUGAAGAUGGCAGUGUAGGGAGGAGAGUGCGUCCAUAUGUCAUCGAUCUCAAUUCUGCCAAUGGCACAUUUGUUAACAAUAAGAAAAUUGAGCCACAGAGGUAUGUUGAACUCCUGGAGAAAGAUGUUGUGAAGUUCGCAUUCAGUUCGAGAGAGUAUGUGCUUUUACAUGACAACUGUCAAACAGAUGAACCUCAAGAUGAUGAGGGAAACUGUCUCAGAUUGACCACCGCAUCUGUGUAGAAGUAGAAAUUCUGUGUGAAUAUUCUAAAUAAAAAAAUAACAACAAUGUAAUUUACUUUAAUGUUGCAGGUAACAGUCUUACCCAUCAGUGAUUUACAAGAUAGGGACUCUACACAGCCAAUCCACAACGUACAUGUUAGUGUAUUAGGAUGACGAAUAUUAUUUUUUCUUUGUGAAUUUUUUUUUUUUUCACCUCAGAGAUUUUUACCUGUGGAUAAUUUUUGGACAAGAUACCUCGAUAAGUGUACAAGGAUCAUACAGUUCAUUUUUACUGAGGCAUAUUACUGUUAUAUUUUACCUCUCACACUGAUGACCUACUCUUCCCUCUUCUGGUCACAGCAUUUUCACAUAUGUCUGUUUUCUUUAUUUGCAGGGAUUGCGAAAUGAAAAUUUGAUAAAUUGUUUAAUGUGAAAUUUUGAAUUGUGAUGGCAGAAUGCCUGUACCU